AUGAUAGCUCUUGCUACACCACCCCAGUGGUGCCAGCCGGCCACUGGCGCCUUCCGGUUCUCAGAACCAUGCUUAUUAAGCCCGGGUGUGCUGCUGGCCAGCGGGCCGGCUGCGUGUCCUCUGCCUGUGGGCUCAGCGAUAGCAGAGCCCUGUACCUCUGCGGUGUGUGUCCAGCGGGGUUCAGAGCUGCAGCACGGGGUUGUGGCAGCAGUGCCUGAAGAUAAUACAGUAAGCGUUGAUCCUAGUCCUGCAUCAUUGGAAUUGGUGACAUGUUUGCUUAUCUUUGGACUGCUUGCUGUUGUCUUAUUAGUUUGCAGAGUCUACAGAUCAAUUCAAAGCCGAUUUUAUGUUGUAAGGGAGCAAAAACUGGCUCUCGAACUUUCUGUGCUACUGAAAGAGAAAUGUAAACUACUUGAACAAGUGAGCCUUGCUCAGAAGGAGUAUGAAGCAUUAGAGUCAUCUUUAAAGGAGGCCAACUUUGACAAGGUGUCAACAGACGCACAGAGUUUGGAGGCAACCUAUAAAAAUCUAGAAAGAGAUAAAUCUCAAUCUGGUGAUGAACUACUAAUUUUAGAGAAGAAACUAGAAGAGAGAACUAAGCAUCAUGAACAAGAUGAAUUGCUUUUACAGGAUGCUGAAGUAAUGAAAGAAGAGGCUGACCAAGUCAAUAAACUGCUGAUUGUCACUGUGUUACAGAACUCAACUGUGCCCAACUCUCCUCCUGCUGAAUGCAAGACACCUGGUCUUGGCUUUGUCCCUCCACCUGUUCCCCAGGAUAGAAGCCCCAGGGACACUCCCUUUGCAGGGGAUCCAAGAAAGACACCCCCAUUGCCACCACCUCCUCCAGGAAACAGUUAUGCAAGUCCUCCCGACUAUUUUCCACCAAGGGAUUUCAUUGAACCACCCUUCCGGUCAUACCCAGAUGAGCCAGAAUUGUCAGCAAUGCCACCCGCUAAGAAUGAUAACAAAAGUGACCGUUGUAACUCCACUGUGCCCGCCACUCCUCCUGCUGAAUGCAAGACAUAUGGCCCUGGCUUCAUCCCUCCACCUGUUCCCCUGGAUAGAGGCCCCAGAGGUCCUCCCUUUGCAUGGGAUCCAAGAAGGCCACCCCUAUUCCCACCGCCUACUCCAGGAAACAUCUAUGGAGGUCGUCCAGACUAUUUUCCACCAAGGGACUUUGCUCGACCGCCCUUUCCACCAUACCCAGAUGAGUCAGAAUCAUCAGCAGAGCCAUCCACUAAGAAUGAUAACAAAAGUGACUGCAGUACCUCCACUGUGCCCAACACUCCUGCUGAAUGCAAGACACCUGGCCCUGGCUUUGUCCCUCCACCUGUUUUCCAGGAUAGAGGCCCGAGAGGUCCUCCCUUUGCAGGGGAUCCAAGGAGGCUUCCUUCAAUGGAUUUUGCUGGUCCACACUUCCCACCUUACCCAGCAUAUUCUGAUGCUGCUCUACAAUGGCAAGAUAGAUUUUAUUCUGAGUCUGGUAGACUCCCUCGACCAAGACAACAUGGAAAUUACAAUAUGCCUCCCUUGCUUGACUUGGAUGAGCCAGAAUGGUCAGCAGUGCCAUCUACUAAGAAUGAUAACAAAAGUAACCAUAAUAACAAUACUGUGCCCAACAUUCCUCCUGCUGAAUGCAAGACACCUGGCCCUGGCUUCGUCCCUCCACCAGUUCCCCUGGAUAGAGACCCCAGAGGUCGUCCCUUUGCAUGGGAUCCAAGAAGGCCACCUCCAUUCCCACUGCCUCCUCCAGGAAACAUCUAUGGAGGUUCUACAGACUAUUUUCCACCAAUGGACUUUGCUGGACCACCCUUUCCACCAUACCCAG